AUGGCGGCGAUAUUUUACUCUCGUCUUUGUAUAAGAAACAGUGGUCGUUUAGGUCAGAACUUGCCAUUCUUCGAACGUAAAUAUACGAGAGUUUUCGUAAUUAAUUAUUUGUUUUCUUAUCAACAGUGAGUUCACUUGCACGGCCUGCUUUUGCUUCCUCGCCUAUUUCUUGCUCACCGAGAGUUCAAAGUGGUAAGUUACACAAUUUUGUCAGGGGUCUGAAUGCUUAGAAUGAGAUCUUUACUUAUUUUAUUUGUAUGAUAUUUUUGUUUUUUAGUGGUUUUCAAAAAGACAGUGCAUUCCUCGGCAAAUCGCAAAGCUGAGCUUGGUAAGUAAAAGAAAAGUUUUCGUGUACAUUUUGUAGUGAAAAUUUAAGAUUUAACUCUUGCACAAUGUUGUUAUCAUAACAGAGGAUAGGUAAGAAGUCUGAAAUUGCUUCUUCAAUAGCUAAUUUUAAAAAAAUCUAAAAAUAAAUAGUACAGGAAGAGUUUAUUCCUGAUGAAAAAAAUGGUGCUGUAUUUUAUUAAAGUGGGUAUUCUGAGUAUCAUGCCAAUUAAUAAAUAUUCACCUAGUGGAAUAAUUGUUUUAGUAUAUACUCAGACAAUUAUUGUUAUGACCACUGAGCUAUCAGAGAAACCAGACAAAAUGCGCAGAGACAAUAUUCUUUUUUUUACCCUCAUCAGAAAUUUCCCCAUCACAGCCAUCAGCCCAUUGGAAGGGAGAGCGCUAUGUCAGUGUGGCACUGCUGACAUUGAUUCCUGCAGGAAUCAUUUACCCAUCAGCUGUUGUGGACUGGGCUCUAGCAGUUGUUGUUCCUCUUCAUAACCACUGGUGAGUCAGAUCUGAUCAGAGUUUCCUGUUUCCAUAGCUCAUUCAAAAUGCAUCAAUAGUAGGCUUUGAAACAUCUGAUCAAGCAUUGAUAUGUUCAAGCCUCUUGCACAGGAGAAUUUUUAUCACAAAUUAUUUGCUUUCAAAAUAUUCCUUUCAAUAUGGAGUACUACAACAAUUUACAUUCUCCAUUAAUUUAAACUGGAAAACUUUGAAAAUUGUGAACUCAGAGAAUAUUUGAAUAACAAUCUGUCUAAAAAAUAUUGCCAAUUUGGCCAGAGAGAAAUAAACUGCAAACAGCAGUUGUACUAGCUUGUGGGCUAAUGUUUGCUUGUUGCAAUGUCCUAAACUUUAUUGUGAUUGGUCAAUAAGCAGUUGACGUGACAAAAUAAAAUCAUCGGUUUUAUCAGUUUUAUAGCGUGGUGACUAGAAGUGGACUUUGAACUUUGAAUGAGAUCAGAGGAUUUUUUGUAUUAGACAGGAUUCCUUUGUGCUACCAAGAGUUUAGUAUAUGUUUUGAAAAAAAAGUUAAAAAACUAAGAGAUUGUGAGGUCCUUUGUUGGUGUCAGCUAAUUUCUGACAAGGAUAAGAAAUUGUAAAUUAUAUACAUCUCCAUUAUUCUGGACCUUAGCAUAAUAUUCUUCAUCGAUCCACAGGGGUGUAGGCCAAGUGUUAACAGACUACAUUCAUGGUUCAUCUAUGCCAAAAGUAGCCAAGGGAAUUUGGCUGGCUGUGUCAAUCUUACAGUUUAUUGGCCUGUGUUAUUUCAAUUAUGCUGACGUUGGAAUCUGCAAAGCUGUCAGUAUGAUUUGGCAUAUGUAACAACUGAUAUGAUUGUAAAGUUGGGAUAAUUGUCAGUAUCUAAGUAACUGAACACCUAUCCUUCCGUAACCCUGCAUUAACCUUACUUUUCAUCAGUUGACUAUUUUAAGGUAAUAGGGGAGGGGUGGAUGCACAGGUCCUCAGUUACAGACAUUGAUCCUAAAGUUGAAUAUUUUUUCAUUUGAUCUGUUAUGGAUGACAUGGUUAAACUUCAUGUUCAUGGACGCCCUUCCUUUUAGGAAGGGUAUUUACAUAAAUAAGUUGUUAAAAUGCUGUUAUGGUCACAUCUUAUGGUGAUCCACUACUUACCAAGGUCUGUAUCAGAUUAUCAAAAUCCAGAAUUGUACAAUCCUUUUAUUUGUAACUAACAGCAGUCUAGGAGGAUUUGAGGGAGUCCAUCAAGCUUUAAAGAUGGGAAAUUCUUCAGCUUCUAUAGAGAAUUCUCUGGCUAAAUUUUGAUGGCCUAAGCUAGUUUUUAUUCAGACUUGGAGAUCUUAUUACCCUUUUAAACCCUAAGAAUGACCAGCAUCUUAUUUCUCCUUACAGUCAUACAGAGAUAACUGUAAGCAUUGACUGAUUAGUCUGUUUGUGAUAAUCAAGUGUUAUUCAAAGCCAGAUAGCUGUUUUUUAUGUGACGAUACUUAAAGUUAAUCAAAGUCAUAGCUACUGACUGUAAGAUGCUGACCAAGACCCUUCAUCUCUAUCGCAAAAUAUCGCAUCUCUAUAUUGCAGUAUUAGCCAGAAAAUGCAUUCUCUAUGGCUUUAGGUCUUGUUACCGCCCAUAAUAUUCACACAUGAUUAGCACAGGCAAGUUGAAAAUUGAUAGCUUUAUCUACAGCUGGAGCUUUCCAUAGAGUUACUGAAUUUUCAGUAUGCUUAAAUAAGUAAGUAACUCAGAGCAGCAAAAUAAGGAGUGAUUAAUAUUGGGGUGCAGUGAUAUUUAACAGAAAUUAAUAAAUUCUACAGUUUUGUUGUAAUAAUAUCUGGGCAAGUAUCUUGAAAAAAAGGAUAGCUCUUUUCAGGAAUAGUACUCUUCUUUCAGUUAAGUGAAAUAUUCUGGUGACAUUUUGUUGCACUCUCUUUGAAAAGUUAUUACAUGAUUGCUUGUUUCUGGUUUGUGAAUGCAAUUAAGUUUUACACCUUGAUUAUAGUGGCCUUUGUUUUGAUGCAUGUCAUGAGAGCAGAG